GAGGAAGCCUCUCCCAGGAAGCCGCAAGGCCCGAGUCCAGGGCACGGGAGCAAGGCGGGCAGCAGGAAGGGCCAGCUGGGGGGCUCGGCAGUCGACCUGGAGAAGAUGGCUGAGGAGUGGGACGCCGGGCAGUCCAGGAGGAGGAGAAAGAAAAGGCAGCUCUCCAUCAACCUGUCCAGCUGCAAAUACGAGAGCGUGAGGCGUGCUGCUCGGCGCUGCGGCCUGAAAGAAGUGGGCGAGGAGGAGGACUGGACAGUCUACUGGACUGACUUCUCCGUCUCGCUGGAGCGGGUCAUGGAGAUGAGGCGGUUUCAGAAAAUAAACCAUUUCCCAGGCAUGGCCGAGAUCUGCCGCAAGGACCUGCUGGCCCGCAACCUCAACCGCAUGCUUAAGCUCUUCCCAAAGGAGUAUAACAUCUUCCCCCGCACGUGGUGUUUGCCGGCUGACUACGGGGACUUCCAAGCCUACGGGCGGAUGAGGAAGAACAGGACGUACAUUUGCAAGCCGGACAGCGGCUGCCAAGGACGGGGCAUCUUCAUCACGCGCAACCCCAAGGAGAUCAAGCACGGGGAGCACAUGAUCUGCCAGCAGUACAUCCCCAAGCCCUUCCUCAUCGACGGAUUCAAAUUCGAUAUGCGGAUCUACGUGCUGGUCACCUCGUGUGACCCGCUCAAAAUUUUCCUGUAUGAGGAGGGACUGGCCCGCUUUGCCACGGUGAGGUACAUCGAGCCCAGCAGCAGCAACCUGGAGGACACCUGCAUGCACCUGACCAACUAUGCCAUCAACAAGCAUAACAAGAACUUUGUUCGGAAUGAGACCACGGGCAGUAAGAGGAAGCUGUCCACGCUGAAGGCCUGGAUGCAGGAGCGCAACUACAACACGGGGGAGCUGUGGCGGGGGAUUGAGGACAUUGUCGUGAAGACCCUGAUCGCCGCCCACCCGGUGCUGAGGCACAACUACCGCACCUGCUUCCCCAACCACGUCUCGGGCUGCGCCUGCUUCGAGAUCCUCGGCUUCGACAUCCUGCUGGACUGGAAGCUCAAGCCCUGGCUGCUGGAGGUCAACCACUCCCCCAGCUUCACCACGGACUCCCGGCUGGACCGAGAGGUGAAAGACGCCCUGCUCUGCGAUGCCCUCAACCUCAUCAACCUGCGGGCCUGCGACAGGAGGAAGGUGCUGGAGGAGGACAAGAGGCGGGUGAAGGAGCGCCUCCUGCAGGCCCACCAGCCCCCCCGCGAAGCCAGGCGAGAACAGAUGGAGAGCACCCAGGCUGCCUGGCUGGCACAGGCGGAGGAAUACGAGAACAGCCACCUGGGCGGAUUCCGGCGCGUGUUUCCGGCGUGGGGAACGGAGAAAUACGUGCCCUUCUUUGCGCACAGCGGGUCCCUCUUCCAGGAGACGGUGGCCUCCAAGGCCAGAGAGGAGUGUGCCAGGCAACAGCUGGAGGAGAUCCGCCAAAAGCAGGAGCAGAGGGAGAGCACAGCUGGAAAGAAGAAAAGGGACGCGAAGGAGAACUUGGAGGAAGGGACGGCCGGGGGGAAGCCCCACGAGACGGGCAGGGGGAAGGCCGUGCUCGUGCGGGUCGCUGGCAGCCACAGCAAGACCUGGAACACAAAGGGGCCGUCCUACGACAGCAUGACUCCCCAGGCGAUCGUGGAGGAAGAGGAGGUGGAGAGGGUGAAGGGCCUUUUGCGGCGGGAGAACAUCAUCCGGGGACUGGGCAUUGUGGACCAGCUGACCCGCCUGCUCCGGAACACAGAGCCACGGCCGCCUGUGGAGAUCCACCGGCCCCACGCCAAUGCCUGCGAAGGCCAGCCCCACUUCUUCCAGGACGUGUUCGGUCACCGAGACCCCCAGCACCUGAUGAGCCUGGCCCCCCUCUCCCUCCAAGAGCUCGGGCAACAGAUCAUCCGGCAGUUCCCCCCGGAGCGGGCCCAGCUCUUGGGCCACCACGGCUUCCUGCCCACCCUGCUGGGAGCCCUGUCGGGCCUGGCCCCCCCGGCCCCCGACCCCUCCUGCUCCUCCCAUGUCAAGCCUCAGCUCCAGAUCCAGCCCCCCAAGAACCUGAGCUGGCUGGGCACGGCCACGGGGAGCGAGCCCUGCUCUCUGGCCCGGAUGCUGAGGUCGGGAGGGCGGCGAUUCUCCAGCGCCAAGAUCAAGGCCGGAGGAGGCAGCCCGGCCGGCAGGAGGCCGCUGUACCUGGGCGCGGGCUCGCUGAGCUGCCUGUCGCAGGCGGCGGGCAAGCCGAGUCCCAGGGCCGGACACCUGUCCAACGCCUUCCCCUUCCAGGCCGGUGCCGCGCCCUCCAGCCGCACCGAGGCACGCAGCCUGGCCAUCAACUCUGCCUCAGCCCCGCUCAUCCGGCGCGCCAGCCCGCCCCCGCUCCGGCCCCAUGCCCCCACUGCCCCUCGGCCAGCCCAGGAAGAGCCCGUGGGCCACCUCUCCGCGGAGCCACCAGGAGGCGCUGCAGGCGGCCCGGCCGGCAUUGACCCUGCGCUGCAGGAGAGCGAGGGUGGUGCGCUGCACAGCAGCGGUGGUCAGGGCCGCUUUCCUGGCGGGGCUCGGCGCAAAAGCCUGGGGGGGCGGGGGGCGGCACUCCACCGGGACAGACUCGACCGGCCAGGGCCGCUUUUGUAACCGACUUUGUAUUAAGUUUAUUCUUGUCAUCUGAAUGUUUUAACUGUAUGUAUUUUUCUAGCCAACGGCUCAAACAGUAAAUCCUACUUGACUUGACUUGUAUUAAAGUU